AUGUCCCAAAAGAUCACGGGCAAGAACCUUUCAUACUCCCAAAACCUCCCACCUUUCCUCGCGCGUCUACAAGGCCAAGGCCGCGGGCCCGCAGAUGGGCCCGACCCGAUACUGGCCGGCCGGCGCCGGGCCGCGCGGCCGCGCGACGACGGGGAGGACGCGCCCGUUGUGUUGGAUGAGCAGGGCAACGUCGUCGACGACGUCCGCGUCGGCGUAGAUGGCUCGGCGGUAAGGACCGCUUCCGGCGGCAACGGUGAGGACGACGACGGUGAUGGUGAUGAUGGGGAGGGUGGGGACAAAACUGCCGGCGAGGGCGGCGGUUCGAAAAGAGAGGUGGGAAUCGGGGCUAGGAAGAGGAAGGUGGCCGCCGGUAGGGUGAUUGGUGGAGGGGAUGAGGACGAUGAUGGUGAUGACGAGGUCGCAGGCAAGAAGACGGGCAAGGGUGGCAAAAGGAAAGCCGUCGUGACGGACCAUGGUGCAGACGGAGAGACGACACAAGCCACUGCGACAUCCAAGGCAACAUCAGCAGCCUCAACUGGGACCGGGAAGUCAUCGAGUAGCAAGGGGCAGAAGAAGGCCAAGAAGAUCAAGCUUAGCUUUGGCGACGACGGGGAUUGA